AUGGCUGUGUCGACAUUAGUGGACAGCGAGUACCUUAUGGGCACCGUGUCACCAAGGAUUUUGUAUUCAUUUUUCUUUUAUAGCCUCCCGUUGAAGGUAUGUGUUGCAAACCGAAAUAUCGGGCAAAUAUAAUUCACCACUUUAUUUUUGUUUUCUUUCGAAUUUUUUUUCAAUCACUAUUCCUGCCGUAAGGAUCAGAUUAUUGUGUUAAGUUUAAAAUUUGGUUUUCAAGAUUUUACUGAUCCAGGUCUGCCAAAAGAUCCUGCGGAGUCUGACUGGUUUGUCGUUUUGGUUUUUUGCCUUCACAAGUGUUUCAGUGUCAACUCAAAAUAGAGACCCAGCGGUACAGGCUCGAAAGGAGUACGGGAAAGGGCUUUUGCGCUUUUAUCCCUCCCCCACCCGUCCCCUUCGUGGUUUGCGCCUAAAUUCCUGGGGCAUAAAUACUACAUAAAUACUGUAACUGAUUGAUUGAGCCCUAUAUUUUAUACAUGGCAAAUUUUUAUAAAAGCAAUUUGCGUUAUUAGCUGAUAUUCUGAGCCUGACUCGAGCCCAUCGACCCACCUCUAUCGCCCCCGUUCCGUCAAGCCAAGCGUAAAAGGGAGGGUAAGGUAGCCUGCGUACUAAGCGUCUAUAAAACGUCCUCCCCCACCUUUUUUAUCUCAUAACUUCAUGUUAACAUGGAUUUUUUUUAAUCGAAAAAAGCGCUACAGCUUCUUGACGGUCUUGUGGUCAUGACACGUGAAGACGUGACCAUGACUCUGUCACGGUUUCUUUUCUUUUGUUUUGCACAGAAUCAUACUUCAUAACGUCUGGCCGAAAACGUGGGUACAUUCACGUCGAAUCAUUUCUGCACUUUUAAGGCGGCCAUGUUACGUUUGAUUCAUGCAACAGCUCGCUUAAGUAGAUUCCAAGGAAGGUUUUUUUCUCAGAAUGUGUGGAAAUCAGGUCACAAGCGUUUGUCAGCGCUGAAUGUUUGCCCCGCUGCCUCAUCUCUUUCAAGGCGUCAUUUUCACAACACACCUCAGCAUCAAAGAAAGCUAAGGGAAUAUGAUGAUGUCUUCAACAAGUCUAUUGAAGAUCCAGAAGGGUUCUGGGGAGACCAAGCAGAUGAUAUUGACUGGUAUAAACCCUAUACAAGGGUCAUGGACAAUAGUAAUCCACCCUUUACAAAAUGGUAGGUAUACCGCUUUGUUGUUCGACAAUGUCAUAUUCUAUCUGCGUUAUGUACGUCCUAUAUGUUAUGAUUAGCUACGAAGAUAUGUGGUUGUUUUCUAGUUUAUGUGUGCUUUGAUAAAAAGUAUGCUUGUAGGAUGAUAUGUAUUAGUUUGUCUUGUUGAACUCUGCAGAGUGGUAAUCAAGUGGCUUAGCGGUGAGGGAGGCGGGGGAGACUAGGGCUAGGUGGUGGUGGGUACGGGGAUAGCAGGAGUGGACAGGGGAAAAUUUUGGGCCAUUAGCAACACGGGUUUAACAUGGGCUUAAGGCUUGAGUAUUACGAACAAAAAGAGAAAUGAUCUCAAAUUACUCCAGAGCCAUCUUUCAAAAUAAUUUUGGAUACAUUCAUCAUCUUGAUAAUGCCAAUUUGGUCAUUUGAAGGUUUGUCGGUGGUGAAAUGAACACCUGUUACAACUGCCUUGACCGUCACAUAAAAAAUGGAAAGGGAAGCCGCACUGCCCUGAUUUAUGACAGUCCUUUGAGUGGCAAAAUAGAAAUGUACUCUUAUCAGAACCUGCAGCGUCUGGUAAGUAUAUAUACAACCUGUACAUGUAGCAUGACGGUAAUGAAAUGCCGGAGAGAUUGAGGGUUGGUCAACUCAGUCUCCUAUCAAAAAUCAAUAUUUAUUGUUAUCCUAUCCUCCUCUUUGGUAUUGUAGGUUGAAAAGUUUGCUGGUGCUUUAGCAAGUCUAAAUGUAGGGAAAGGAGACAGAGUGGUGAUUUAUAUGCCAAUGGUUCCUCAGGUAAUCAAAAUAUUUUUCUAGCUUCAAUUCCCCCUACCGCAGGGGAAAAAAAUUGAGCCUCAACUCACCUGCUAAUGGAGAAGAGGGAAAUUUUUGCUCUACCCAACUUUACUUCAUUCAAGAUAAUUUCAUGAUCCAUGAUGUUUCCAUGAAAAUUUCAUGAAAUCAAAGCCCAGUAAUUGCCUAGAUCUAUAAAAGUAGCUAAAGUUCCAGGUUGGCUCUUAGGUUACCAUUGAGAUAUAGUGGUAAUUAAGAGGGUUACUGAAAUGAUACCCCCUGUACUCUGUGUUUAGCAUUAUUUAAUUACUUGUACCUGCAUAUGAUUGGUUUUGUGUGUUUUUUGAUAGGCGGUCAUUGCCAUGCUGGCUUGUGCCAGGCUUGGAGCAGUUCAUUCAGUUGUGUUUGGUGGUUUUGCUGCCCAGGAGUUAGCAAGAAGGAUUGAGCAUGCAGAAGUACAGCUUAACUUUUGCUUUCAUUGUUUUUAUCACACCAUGUCCAGAAAAAAAGCUUUAUUGGUCAAUAUGCAAUUGAUAAUUCACAAUAAUAAUUUAUUUUAAGUCAAAAGAAAAAAAAAAUGAUAAUAAUUAUAUUCAAACAAAUAUUAUCACAUAAGAUUAUUAUGGACUCUCAUAAAGUAAAUCCAAAUUAUUUGAAAGUUAAAAUGUUUUUUUAUAAAUUGGUAAGUUAAUAUUUAAAUCUUUCUGAUAUAUUCGCAGCAAUUUUUUAUGCUUAAGAAUAGACUGAACAAGUUCAGAUGUCAGCCUAUCUGGGAUUUUCAGACCUGCCAGCCCCUGAUCAAGGAAAUCUGGAGACUCAUGAAGAAAAAUCUGAGUUUCUACAAAAAGGAGUGAGAUUCUCAUUUUUCCAGAACAAGAUUAAACAAACCCUGUUUCCAGUGGGGGAGUUAAUUGUUUUUUUAAAUAUAACUUUGUUUUAGUACAGGACCCACUUGCAACAAGAUGCCACUUUUUAGUUCUUUGAUAAAUCUUAGAGGCCUCGGAAGAGGUAAUCACUGGAUGAAACUUACAGUAAAUGGUCAUUUCUUCUGGAUAAUUAAUAAUAUGAUAAAGAUUCUUCUUCUUCUUCCUUUUAUGAUAUGAUGAUGGUAAUAAUAAUAAUAAUGAUGAUGAUGAUAAUAAUAAUAAUAAUAAUAAGCCCAAGAUCAAAGCCUCCCAACACGCUCCCAACACAACAUCCUCAAGAUUAAGAAGCCUGACAUGGACCCAAAAUAUAGACUGUGUGGCUGUUUCGAUGAGACCAUUGACCACCUGGUCUCUGGCUGCCCUGAACUUGCUAAAACUGAAUACAUCCAUCGCCACAACAAGGCAGCUGCACACAUGCACUGGACAAUCUGCAAAGAGUUUGGCAUUGAGGUGAAGGAAUGAUGGUAUGAGCAUGAACCCAAGACUGUCACCGAGAAUGACAGCGUCACUAUUCUGUGGGACAUGCCCAUCCACACUGACAGGACCAUAACAGCUAAUAGGCCGGACAUUGUGCUAAAGAACAAGAAGGAUAAAACCUGCCUUCUCAUUGACAUGACUUAUACCCCUCAACACCAACACCUCAGUCAAAAGCACGGAAAAGCUUACCAAAUACAAAGACUUGGAAAUCGAGGUUGAGUGAAUGUGGGGGCUCAAAACAACAACAGUCCCAGUGGUUAUGGGAGCCCUUGGCACCAUCAAGAAGGACAUGGAAAGCUACUCCAACAAAAUCCCUGGCAACAUCAACAUACGUGAACUCCAGAAAAUAACUCUCCUUUCUACAAUCCACCUUCUCAGGUGGGUCCUUUCCAUCAAGUAGAAACCCUCUUUGCCUCCCAAAGUCCAUGGUUUGAACUUGGAUGUUGAGAGAGAAAAUCAAUCGGAAUCACAGUAGUAUAUCUUAUAGAAUAAUAAUGGCAACUUCAUGGCCAAAGUGCCAUCAAGGCUUAAACAAGCACUAGCAUUCCCCACAAUCGUGAGAGUUGGCAGGUCUGGAUUUUAGUUUGAAACAUUGAGUGUUAGGUAUACAGCUGUAAUUUGACGGAAAUUUUGUCCCUCAAAUUCCUUUUCAUUGUGUACUGAUUAAUAAACUUUUUUAUUAGCCACGUGUAGUGGUGACUGCAUCUUGUGGUAUUGAACCAACACGUCUUGUGUAUUACAAGCCUCUGCUAGAUGAAGCAAUAAGGAUGUCAAGUCACAAGCCCUCUACUUGUAUCAUCUAUCAGCGAGAUCAGGUAAAGUUAUAAAAUUAAUCGUAGCUAGCAUAAAAAGUUCAGAGAGAGUAGAGUAUGUGGCAUAUUAUUGACAACAGAAAGGAAAAAUCAACUUAAAGUUUUGUGACAGAGGAAAAAUUACUCUGCAUGAAAAAUCUGGUGCAAAGAGUCUUACAAGUUAGGAUAUUUAAGACUUCCCUGAAAACCUCCUUGGAAAGUUGGGAAUUAUCAUAUAUUUUGUACAAAAAAUACAUGUUACUGUUUAAUCUUAUUAUACAAUAUUUUCAAGGUUAAAAUCUUAAAAAUCAUAUACACCAAGCAUCUGUAUGGUUCAAUUUUCUUUGUGUUCAGUGCUCAGGUGACAUCAUUCCAGGGCGGGAUGUAACUUGGGACCAAGUAAUGGAGAAGGCACAACCACAUGAUUGUGUUCCAGUACUGUCAACUGAUCCAUUGUACAUCUUGUACACAUCUGGUACCACUGGUGAUCCUAAGGUAACACAAAAACCUGAGAUUUAAUCAUUUUCAACAUCCAUCAUUGGGGGCCAGGGAUCUCCUGACUAAUAAUUUUUACUGAUGAUCACUUUAAUAGAAGUGAAGUUAAAUUUAAUUUUGUUUGAGAUAUGUUCAAGUUGAUAUGGUAUUGGUUAUGAAUGGUCUCCGUAUAGCAGUAUUAUAAAACUAUAGUAAUUAUAUAGUUAAAAUGACAUUUAGUCUUGCAAUAACAUAAUAAUACUAAGAGUAAUAGAAAAGUCAAAAUUCCUAAUGUCAUGAUUUGUGUGUUCAAAAAUGUAAUUUUCAUUGAUGUUCCUUAGCACAAAUUGAUCUGAAAUAAACUGCAAUCCUAUAGUGCAGCCCACUUCCAGAAAACUGCACCUACACUGUAGAUUGAAAUCAUGAAAUUAAAAUUUUCACAGGAGUGUCGCCACAUAGCAUUCAAAUUAGGAAAAAUGGGUAAUUAAGUACACUGCAUAAUUUGACUUAAAAACCAGAUGUAAGUGGCUAGGAAUCAAUAAACAUUACUGCUUGUGUGGGUGAACAUUUUGACUUUUAAGCUUCAAGGUCAAAGGAGACUUGAAACAAUUUCUCUUACAUUUUUCCCCUGUUUGCUUAGGGCAUUGUGCGAGAUAAUGGAGGAUAUGCUGUUGCCCUCAACUGGAGCAUGUUCAAUGUGUAUGGAAUCAAUCCUGGAGAGGUAACUAUACUAUAACCUACACGGUGUGGGUCCUUUAUUUUCCAGUGCCUUAUGGAAAGUAGACCUGUUAGAAUUGCCACAAUCGUCUGUAGUCUGUUCCCUUUUUUUCCCAUUGGCAGGGCAUGAUUAAUACAAUGUAACUACAUUGUAAAUCUUUGUCUUUCCUGCCCAUUAAAAUUGUCUUACUUAUAUCAGGUUUGGUGGGCAGCAUCUGAUCUUGGAUGGGUGGUUGGUCAUUCAUAUAUAGUUUAUGGACCGUUAUUGACAGGUUGUACCACAGUUUUAUUUGAGGUAUGUUAAGCUUUUAGACCCCUGUUAUACACUUUUCAGUAAAGAUAUCAAUAAUCUUAAAUAAAUACCAUUCGCUUUCUUCACUAUCUUUGUUUUCAGUUGUAUAAAGCUGACUUCUGAGAAACUGGAUGCUUUCUCUAGUAUUCCUGAUAACCUCCAGCACUUCCUUUUUUGCAUAUCUCUGUUGAAAUAGAAGUUGCCCUCAUAUUAUCUUUUUAUUUCUAUGGAUAGUAGUGUCAGAUUGUGAAUUCCUCAGUCAGUCAGUCUGUUAUAAGUGACAGUCAGUCAGUUAGUUAGUCAGUCCAUCAUAAAUCAGCCUGUCAGUCAUUCAGUCGGGCACGUAGGCAGUCAGUCAGUCUGUCCAUCUGCCAGUCAGUCAGCAGGGCAGGCAGACAGACAGGCAGUCAAUCAGUCUUUCAGUUAGUCAGUCAGCCAGGCAGACAGAAAGUCAGUUGGUUUGUCAGUCAUUCAGUCAGGCAGGUAGGCAGUUAUCUGUCCGUCCCUGCAUCAGUCAGUCAGUCAGUUAGCCAGGCAGUCAGGACGUCAAUCAGUGAGUCAGUCAGUAAGUCGGUUUGCUAGCUAUUUGGUCAGUCAGAAUUGAGUUGCGAAAAGGAGGUCACGACCCUUGUUCAUUUAGAAAUUAGCAGCAAAUACAAUGCAUUCUUGGGCUAACUUUAUCUGACAGAGACUCGUUACAUUUGAAAAGUCAAAAACUGGUAAGUUCUCAGACUUAGCGGCAGCACUGUAGUGAAAACAAAAUUCAAACUUCUAUUUUUCAUGCAUGUGGCACCUUACAAAUAUGGUACAAAAUUCGGGGAUUAAAAAGCAAGAGUGGUUUGCUGACAACAGAAUUAGUUGGUGGUGGUGUUGAAACUUUUUUUUCAUUUGACUUUUGAUCAUUCAAGAAUUAAUAGAAAAGAAAAACAAUUUGCUUUCGGGAUUUAUAAGAGGCUUAAACUUUUAACGACAAAAUGUUACCGUAAGCUUAAGUUAUAAGCUUAACUUUGAGUUCCCAAUUAGCCAAGGUUUAAAUUAAUAGCUAUACCAACCUUCAGAAUUUUUUUCGCUCUGGUUUUGCAAACUUGUUUUCCUUUUUUCAAUUCGUCUCUUGUCUUCUUUUCUGCGACAUCUUCUGUUGAAGACGAUGAAAAACAAUAUGCGUCUUGUUGUUUACAUUUAUCCCCCUUACAUUCAUUGAGUGGCUGAACCGCUGUAGGAAUAGUAUGGCAGUGCAUUACUCGUUUCUUCAUUUGAAGAACUGGUUCCAGCUUUUUCAUCAUUCCUGAGCUGAUAGAUGGGCCAGUCUUCUGAAAGCAAUCAAGAAAAUGUCAGAAGCUUUUAUACAAGGUUGUAAGCUUACUCAAGCUAAACAAUUUUUCAGACUUAUUUGUAGAAGAAGCUUACCGCUCUGGAAGAUUUUUCUUGGCGUUCUACUUUAGCAAAGCGCAUUUCUCUUCUCUUUAAUAUUUCUGUUCCUGUAUUAAACUUUGAAAACACAAAACACAGGAAAGUUUGCGGAAGAGUUUGCUUAUUUUUUUUCCCGCCAAAACUACAUAGUCGUCCGCACCGCUUGCCACACUGCAUAAGCGCCAGGCUUUAACCAGGAUAUACACAUCAGAAAUAUCUAAAUCUUUUGAUAUAAGAUUUGAGGAGGGGGGUGAAAAUACAGGCGAACGGAUCGGCAGAAUUUGAAAAUAUUUUUGCCCGGAUUUCGGAUUCAAAGCGAGAUUUCAACGGAUUUCCGGAUCCUGCAAUUGCAGCGGAUGUCGGGGAUUCAUCUAUUUUUUGGGCCCGGAUUUUGGACUUUGCCUGUAUUUCAAAUAUUUUUGUCCGGAUUUCGGAUUCAGGGCGAAAAUGGAAGGGCGGACUUGGUUUAUAAAUCAUAACGGAUCGGCGGAUUUGCAUACCCCUAUUCACCCCCCCCGUUUGAGGUACUUUAGAGUUGUAUAGCGGGCUAACCCAGUAGUCUUAAAGCAUAACAGUACGUUUUUCCAUUGUGUACAGAGGUAGUAGUCAAUAAUUUCUUUCUUAAGGGAGGCAUUGGAAUAUAAUUAUAGAGUAAAAAUCUUAGCAGGAGUAUUUGAGAAGUCAUUUGUCAGCCCAUGUACGUUUAUAUAUCCAUUUUAAGGGUAAACCAAUAGGAACUCCUGAUGCCGGUGCAUUUUUCCGCGUUAUCGAGCAGCAUAAAGUUGUAAGCAUGUUCACUGCACCAACAGCUAUCAGGAUCAUCAGAGCUGAGGUAAGCAAUACUAAAGACACACUUAAGCGUGUAUGGUGGGCGAAAAAAGGGGAAGGGAGAGGAGGGGAGGGGAGGGGGAGAAAAGCACAAAAGGGAAAAAGUCCCUUUCCUACUCUCCCCUUCCCUUUCGACGCCUGCCUCGCGGGAUAAUAAUUUUUGUCCAUGUAGCAGACGCUAAUCCAGUCGUAACUUCCGCAAACUAGGGGACGUUUUUCUUUUGUCUCGUUGAGUACCAGAAUUUCAUGCUCGCUUUAAAAUUCUGGACGCUGAUUGGCUCAUUGGAGUUAUAAUGGCCUAUAAAUGUAACGCACAAUUUUCAAGCGUAAACCGUUUAAUGAACUUUACCAGACUAAUUUUUAAAAUACCUUGUGAUUGUAUUAACUUUCCCAUUAAAUCUUAUGUCGGUUCGGUUACGUCGAUUUUGUGUCACUAUUGUGCAAGACCAUACAGUUAUAUCAGACUGACUUUAGUUUUAUCAUUGUAAUUUUUUGUUGUUGUUGUUGUUCUGCUUAUAUAGGAAAUAAAGGCAUUUACUGGCUAUAGAAUGAACCAAAAUUCUUCAUACUGCACAUGGUUACGCGUUGUGCUGCUCUUGGCUACGCGUGGUGCAGUUUUCGAAUGUCUUUUUCAUCCUGCUGCUGUAUUAAUAUUAAAUGUGUCGUUCAUUUUUAAUUAUUCUAAAUCCUCUGGUACCCAGAGUAUGGUUUGAACAUGGGGCAGCUUUUUGUCGCACAUUUUUUCGGCCUUUUUCGUAUGAUUCCCUCUUACACUUUUCUCUGUUCAUACUGUUUAGCUAAUAAUUGUGGCUUUCUUUAUCUGUAUUAUAGGAUCCGCAGUGUGAACUUAUCAAAGAAUACGACCUGUCUCAGUAAGUUCGAACUUUUCUCUUGUCCUCGCAGAAGUUAGGGAACCGGGAUUGGAACAAUCAGGAAGACGUAGAUAACAGGAAGCCUUCAGGUAGAAAGACUUCAGUAUAAACAUCCCCUCACACUUAAAAUUAAAGUGUAACAUUACUCCAAAAAAAAGUGUAAAAUCUUUGCCAGCCCCGGCAGCCUUUUUUUUCUGUGUAUUAUUACACAUUUUAUAAUAGUGUAAUUUAACACACAACUAGAGGUUAUGUUUACACACCAAUCAGUGUAAUGUGAGUGGUUUACACUUUGGUCAAGUGUAAAAUUGCAGUUCUUAUAAGUGUAAUAAAAUACUAAUAGAACAGUAAUAUUACACCGAAUGGUAGUGUAGUAGCUUUGCCAGCCCCGGCAGCCUUUUUUUUCUGUGUAUUAUUACACAUUUUAUAAUAGUGUAAUUUAACACACAACUAGAGGUUAUAUUUACACACCAAUCAGUGUAAUGUGAGUGGUUUACACUUUGGUCAAGUGUAAAAUUGCAGUUCCUAUAAGUGUAAUAAAAUACUAAUACAACAGUAAUAUUACACCAAAUGAUAGUGUAGUAGCUUUGCCAGCCCCAGCAGCCUUUUUUUUGUGUGUAUUAUUACACAUUGUCCAAUAGUGUAAUUUGACACGCAACCAGAAGGUUCAGUUACACACCAAACAGUGUAACUGUGAAUGGUUUACACCUUGGUCAAGUGUAAAAUUGCACUUCCCAUAGGGGUAAUAAAACAUUAACAGAAAAGUAAUAUUACAUCAAUUUAUAGUAUUAGGCAAAAAAUUUACACAUUUGAAAAAUAUAGGAAAUCACAUUUUUAAUCACUGAAUAAGCAGCUAGACUUCUAACAAUAAGUAAAAAUGAAAGGUCAAGUGUGCAAGCCAUAGUGUGUACUGUCUAACUGCUUAGCAGUGAUGCGUACUGUCCUAUCACAAAUCAGUGCUUAGGGCAGAGCCCGAGGAGGUUCAAGGUUUGAGCUGCAAGGUGGUACCCGGGAAAGAUAGUUAGCAGGAAGUCUUCCUCUCCAAUUAUUAGUAUUUUUACAGUCAUGGUGUAAUGCCUUUCCCACAGUAAAAAUGGAUGGCGGUGCAUCUUUUUUGCUUCUUCUAGAUAUUGUCCUCUUGUGGCUGCAACCUGCGUGACAAAUGAAAUUGAAAAAAAAAAACAAGACUUGUUUUAGUCGAUAUUAAAGUGUUCUUAAUUUAUUGUAUCGGUCAUGAGGGUUGAAAAUAGGACCGAGUGUUUUGGAGUUUCUUCUAAUUGAACUAACACAAUAAUGCUCUCUUGAACAACAUGGUUAAGGUAGACUACUUAAAUUAAAUUUCAUUCACAAAAUAAUUACAUAUUAGGUUUAAGAUGUAAAAAGGUUUUUUCUCUAGAGUCUUAACAAUCAAGUACAUUUUUCCUCCUCUACAAAACAAAACACAGCUUCAGAUAUUCAAUUAUUCAGAUAUCAAAUCACAAAUUAAAAUAACUCAAAACAUGUGUUAUUCCAAUCCAUGACCCCCAGUAACACUAUAGGCGGGCCAAACCACCUGACUGAGUCAUUAGUCAAAGGCGGGCAUGAAAAUUACCACCUUGCAUAACUGCCUGGCCGGUGGACCAGAGCCAUGAUGAAAACAAAACACACUAUUAGACUUUAUAACUUGGUAUGGAAACAAAAGCUUGACUGGUAUACAAUUCAGAUAUCCGAUCACAAAAUUACUCAAAAAACAUGUUUUAUUCCAAUCCAUGACCCCCAGUAACAGGCGGGCAAAACCACCUGACUGAGUCGUUAGUCAAAGGCGGGCAUAACCACCUUACAUAACUGCCUGGCCGGAGGACCAGGGCCAUGAUGAAAACAAAACACACUAUUAUACUUUAUAACUUGGUAUCGAGACAAAAGCUUGACUGGUAUACAAUUCAGAUAUCUGAUCACAAAAUUACUCAAAAAACAUGUUUUAUUCCAAUCCAUGACCCCCAGUAACAGGCGGGCAAAACCACCUGACUGAGUCGUUAGUCAAAGGCGGGCAUAACCACCUUACAUAACUGCCUGGCUGGAGGACCAGGGCCAUGAUGAAAACAAAACACACUAUAAGAUUUUAUAACUUGGUAUCAAAACGAAAGCUUCACUAUACAAUAUUACUCAGAUAUCCGAUCACAAAAUUGCUCAAAAAACAUGUUUUAGUCCAAUCCAUGACCCCCAGUAACAGGCGGGCAAAACUACCUGACUGAGUCGUUAGUCAAAGGCGGGCAUAACCACCUUACAUAACUGCCUGGCCGGUGGACCAGGGCCAGGAUGAAAACAAAACACAGCUAUACGACUUUAUGACUUGGUAUUGAAACGAAAGCUUCAGAUUCAAUUCAGAUAUCUGAUCACAAAAUUACUCGAAAAACACGUUUUAUUCCAAUCCACGAGUCCCCUGGAAACAAGCGGGCAAAACCACCUGACUGUGUCGUUAGUCAAAGGAGGGCAUGACCACCUCACAUAACCACCUGGCCGGUGGACCGGGCCAUGAUGAAAACAAAACACAGGUAAAGUAAUGAAAAUGAUAUUAAGCCUUUUUAAGCCUCGUGCAAUUACAGGUUUUUGUCUGCGAAAUCACAUAUAAAAAUUAGGCAAGCUUAAUAUAUUUUUCUGGUUUGGAUUUAUCUCUAUUCUACAUAUCAAAUACAAGUCGAUGUACAGGUCCGGUACGAAUAGCCACUAGGUAUAAUGUUAGAAAAAUAAAUAAAGAUAACUUACAUUAUAUCAACAUUUGGGAUCAAAAGGUGCAAAAUUCUGUGUUUUAUGAAGCAUUUCUACCGAUCAUUUGAAUAGUAAAUGUAUGGAAUCAAAUGUCGCGCGUGACAUCACGAUCCCCCGAACAGUUCGGGUGGUACGCUUGUAAUACACGUCUUUUGUUUGCAAAGAGCAAAACCACUCGAAUUAAAAGUAAUUAAAUUCGCUAUAAAUAUUUAAGCUUCAAUUUGUGUCUGCAAAAACAACAAGGUGAUACAAUGCAGUCUUCGCUGUUGACGUCAUGUCACGCGACCUUUUGGCGGUUAAAAGCAAACGAACAACCAACGGCAAUAUUCACAAAACAUUUCAGUCAGCUUAUAUCCAGUAUUUAUAUUUCUAAUGUUAGUCGUAUAUAUCUGUCUCCUGUCAGGCUAUUCUCCUAACAAGCCUAAACAAAAAUUUGAGGCGAAAUAGCGAGGUUAUCUUAAUUUCAAGAUUUCAAAGCUAAACACCUCACAAUGCGCUUUUGAUAUCGCAUCGCGCUCUCCCACAGUAGGAAAACCGCUCAAGGUGUUGCAGUACGGUAAAACAAUACUUCAAAAGCCUCAAGAAAUCUAGGGCCAGACUAUAGUUUUAACAUAAAACUCAGAAAUUACGGAAAGUAUACUCACCUCGAAAUGCGAAAUGCGCCGUCGUUAUCUUUGAACAUGUUUGAAUGCAUGGUUUUUGCUCUCUUCUUAGCAGUCAUUUGGAGCCUCCAUCAUCCUUUGCUCUAACAAUCGGUCCUACAUCCUUGUUAACUUGAAAUCAAUGUUGACUUUGAGUUAAAAUCUUCAAAUUUAGGGCGCUUAAUUUUAGUACAACCUUCGUGGAGGACGGUUGGAACAAAAGAUGAAUACAAACGGUAUUCAAGUGUCUUUAUCGGCAACAUCAUCGAUCCUGAUUGCACGAAAAUUCGCGUCCUGUCACUUAAGCUCCUGGUGACUGACUAUACGUGAUCUUUGGAUCUGCUGCGGCUUUUGACUCAGUCACGUAAUUUAUGUUGCUGUAAAUUUCCUCUUUGAGAACACGCGGAAAAGGAACAUGGUCUGAAUUAAAUCGAUAGUACGAAGACAAUGGACAAUGAAGAAAAAAAAAAAAGAAAAGAAGAAGAAGAAAGAAACAUAGUGUUACAUUUCUCAGGAAAGAUAGAAACCCGCACAAAUGACAGUCCUGUCAAUGGAGUGAUGCAUCGUUAGCGGUUUAGGUCAUUUCAUUAAUUUAGCUAAAACACCUUUCAAUUUACACAUGUAUACAAAUGCAGUUGCGUGAAUUUCGUACGAUAUAUCUGAAAUGAGACCUUAGACUGCAGCUGAAGUAUAUACCUGCUACAUGUACAACUAGCGGCUCAGAUAAGUUAUUCACGCGAUGAAGAUUUUCUUGCUUCGAUAUUUUUUUUUUUAAAAGAGAGUGGGUGUUUUAUUCUAUAAAUGUAUAACUGCACAUGUGAGUGCAUAAUUACCUCCGCUGUGGUAUACAUUUACUCUGUAAGUAAAUGUUAAAAAUACCUAUUGUUUCAGCCUAAACGUGGUGUAAAAAUACUCAAAAUAACGAGUAUCACUACACCAUAAUUUCUGUGUAGUGUUUUACACCAUAAAAAGUGUCACUUUAUAAUUUUUCUUUUCUAACAAUACACUUCAAUUUUAACACUUUUAGUUGGUGUUAAAGUACCCGAAAAAACGAGUAACACAACACUACAAAUUGUGUAAUAUUACUCUGUGUUAUUAGUAUACUCUAACACCGAUAGGUGUGUUUAAUUCUAUAAGUUUAUUAGUGUAAAAUUACCUUUACUAUGGUAUACAUUUACGCCGUAAAAACGGGUAAAAUGUACACCGUACCCUGCGUGUAAUGUUACAAUAGAAAAAAUUGUAAAAGUAUACCUUCAACUGUGUAAUAUUAUCAUGUUAAGAGUUACAGCUCUUUUACACUAAAGUUUGCGUAAAAUUACCCGACAUAAAGCGUAACACAACACUGAAAAUUCUGUGUAACGCUUUACUCGUUAAAAAGUGUAAUAUUACAAAUUUUCCUUUGUAACAUUACACUUUAAUUUUAAGUGUGCUCUUUUACCUUAGUCCGUCAAGGAAACUCGAGAGAGAACAAAACUGGUCACGCGUGACUGAAGGCGCGAGGCUCGCGUGUUUAGCGUACCACUCCACCAACGGUGUAGAAAUAAGGGAGUUUUCUCGUAGUCUUCCAGGUAGACGACUUGCCAGAAGACUUUUAGGUACGUAGUAAGUGUGAGAGGAAUUUGUGCAAAGAUUAAGAUAGUAGAAUUUUGCCGAAAGUAAGGAGUCCCCGCAGCUCACACAUAACUUUCAGGUAGAGGUCGAAUCUUUACUGGUGGCCAAGAAACACCUCCAUCUCUUGCGGCAAUUUACUCUCUUUUAUAUAAUUAUGACAAAACUGUAUAGAUGACACUUCUGUAUUAUGUGACCAAUAAAUAACGAGAUCAGAACUACUACUAAUCCUUCAGAUCAUACGAAAGCCGGCUAUUUCUUCUUAAAAAAACCGUGUAAAAUGUUUCUCCUUUUUUUCCAGCUGUACAACGCAGCUUCAAUUCCCUAGGGCUACUCGUUUGCCGUACCUUUUUUCUGCCGAUAGGCUGUACUAUUGACGUCAAUUCACCAGAUAUCCCGGACGUAUUCCAAAUGUAGUCAACACUUGAGCUGUAAAGAAUUAGGCGGGGAAUUUCAUCCAAUCAGGAACGGACAAAUAUUUUGAAUUAAUAAAAUUAUAAGUUUACGUACCUUUCCGAAACACUGGUUCAGUAUAAGAUUCUGAGAAACUCCCCACCACUUUCUCCCCUGGCUCAACAUUUUACCUUAAGUAUGAAGUUAGCAUUAUUCUUUUACAGAAUAGAUAUACACGGUCUUGUGUGAGCACAUCCUAGUAUACUUGCGUAACGUUCUUGUUAUCUUUAGCGGCCAUAGGCGAAUAGCUACAGUAGACCAGAGCGUAUGUAUGAGACUAGAGUAUCACUUAUAUUUGUUGUCACCAGUUUCCGAGAUUUGUUUGUGGCUGGCGAGCACAUGGACAAAAAUACUAUGGCAUGGACAAGGAAAGCUAUCAGCGCGCCUGUUUACGACAACUGGUGGCAAACUGGUAAGAACUCAGUCGUUUAACCCAUAUUUUUACAGCGGUAGUUUGCCGAGGCCGUAAGUCUAUGCCAGACCAUGUUCAGCUGUAGUUUGCAAGAUUUUUAUCUUCCCGAGUCUUUUCUCACGUAGGACUAGGACAGACAUGCCCUAAAGCGAAGAGCUUUAAGCUUCGAUAGUAAAUAAUUAUUGGGUAGAAUCAGCCUUUGUGGAUGCCAAAAAUUAAUGAAAUAAGUUAAUUUCUUUUGGUAGAAACCGGCUGGGCAAUCACAGCUCACGCGGUGGGACUGGGUCGACCUAUGGAUGAGCACUUGGAGACCACUGGGAAACCUGUUCCGGGAUUUGAUGGUAACAAGACAGUGUGCAUGCUUUCUUAGCGUAAUAUAGGGAAAUGUCUGGGCACAAAGUGUUUAGGGUUUAUACAACGGUUUCAGUUAAAUACAAAUUUCCGGUAGGGUUGGUGUGGGAGGUGGGCAGGGUGGGGUGAUGGGUGGAGGACUGAUAGUUAUUUCAGUACAAUUUGGAAUUGAUAGCUCCUCGUAAUAGAUAUAAGUUUCUGCCCUUAAAGGGUAUAUGCCAGAUAUUUAUAUUUGCUAGUUAAAAUCUGAACAAUCACAGCUCAAUGUCCUGAUAAGUAUAGCAAAAAAAUCGAUAUUGAUUUUUCUUUCCCGUGUUUUGACGUGCUAAAGACUUGUUAUUUUACUUGCGGAGGGGUACCAAGCCUCAACUAAAAACAGGAGACUGGGAAUGAUUGUGACGUCCUUUCAGGGCAUUCUUUUUCGUAACAAGUAAGAAACGACAGGGAAAUUUGCUUGCCGUGAUAGAAAAUGUCCUGACAUAACUAGUCUUAAGAAAUAUCUUGUUCCAAAUCAUUGUUUUACAUUGACUAAGGCAGCGGGAAGGCUGCUAAAAAUUCAGCUUUCUUGUAAAUACCUUAAAGGUGGAUACGAUAAGAGCUUCUACCAUAAAAACUGACCGCUUAAAUAGUAGCGAUACAAUUACUGUACUGUUCUUUAGCAAUCCCAAUGAAUGAAGAGUUUGAUAUGCCCACCACUGUUUUUGUUUCCAGUGAAGGUUGUCAAGGACGAUUUGACCGAAACCGACCGUGGAGACCUGGGUCAAGUGGUAGUCAAGUAAGUGAGUCCGGGAUUCGUCAAACUCGCUCCCAGGGCUUUCUCCUUGUUGAAAAUAACUGCACUUUGAAGCGUGAACCAACGUUUUAUGAUUUAUAGCUGUGAACCAGCUUUAUUUCUUUUCACAAACACACUCAAAGGUACCGCGAUCUUAUAAUUUGCUUAAAAUCUGAACUAAGUGAGGACAAAUUUGAAAUUUCUUUGUAGUUCCACGAUGAAAAAAUCCUUGUACCUCAUUGGUUUUAUUUUCGCGAUUUUAACACGCAGAUAUGAAAAGGGGGCAUUAACUUUGGCGAUUUAAGCGUUCUCAACUUCAUUUUAUUUUUUAAAGAGUAUGAAAGUUUCCAAAUUACAAAACGGAGCUUACCUGUAAAAGAAGUUAACAAGUUUAAUAUAUUUUCUAUACUUAUGAUGCUUGUGUUGUUGUUAUUACAAGUUAAUAAAUUUUUUUCCUGUGAUUUUAAUUUUUUAUACGAGUAUUUAAUUUCGGCUGCUUAAAUCUCGCGAGGAUUUAUUUUCGCGGGUCUUUAUUCCAAAAACGCGAAAUUGAAGACCCGCGAAAUGUAGUACCAAUAAGGUAUUUCACUUUAUUUUCUUUAAAGAGGAACUAUCGGGAGAAUCCUAUCUUUUUCUCUCACCCCUCAGUUUUCAAAAAAAACCAAAAAAAAACACACAAAAAAAAAACGCUAGAAAACUGAAGAUAUACUCACUAAAUACAAUGACUAACUCACAAAUAGCUCGGUGCCUAUAAAACGCAUAGGAAUAUGACCACUUGAUUUCACCGUCUUGGUUUUACAAACAAAGCCACUUGACUCAAGUCAUCAGUGUUUGUUGUCACAAUUAACUGUCACGCGGUCCACCUAUUUCGACCUAUUUCGGUAGUGUGUCCUCUGGAGUCAGACAAAGUGAAUUAAAGUACUGUGAGACGGAACCUUAACCUCGUUUCCAGGAUCAAGAGACGAGAAGGAGUAACCCUGGUAACGAGCUUGACGGAACUACGGUUUUUCGUCCUUAUCAGGGGGGAGCAGGAAAGUCUGACCAUUUGCAGAUGUAAGAGCAAAGGCGGCACUUUUUCCUCCGUUAAUAUUAAGAUAAUCUUUUACUCACAGGCUUCCCCUUCCACCUGGUACCAUGACAACCCUUUGGAAGGCUGAUGAUAGAUUCGUCAAGACGUACUUCACUAAAUAUCCUGUAAGUGUCUUCAGAGCGCAGCAUAAACUUAAAUCAGAAAACACACUUUAUUCCGAAACCAUUGGUUGCACUAUUACUUUUAUUUCAUAUUUUUCUUAAUUCUUUCUCUUUGCCUCGAUUGCAUUUGCAGAAUUUAGAAAGAACUUCUACUUUGAAAAGAGGCAUUGCGGGCUAAUGAUCAUGAAGACAAAAGAGUAAAUUUAAAGCCCGAUACGGACAAAGCGUUUUCUAGACAGCAAGGUGUAAACCUAUGACGCAAUGUCGAUCAUAAAAGUUCUUAAAGUCGUUCAGUGUUGCUCGAAUGAAAACGUUUGACGAGUUAAAAGAAGGAGGAGAAAUAGGAAAGAAUACCUCUGGGACCCGGACAACAAGAUUAGAGAACUGAAAACUAAAAGAAUUGAAACUGAUCUUUAUGACACUUACAAUAAAGUAGGGAAAGGUCAAACUGUUUUAGCGUCAGCAUUCGAACAAAUGCGGAGUUUUUUAAAUAUAUGCUAGAGAUAACUUGGUUCACCUAUGUUAUUACCUAGUAUAUGUUCCUAUGCAUUUUCACUCAGGGAUAUUAUGACUCCAGUGAUGAUGGAGUAAUGGAUGAAGAUGGAUUUGUGUCAAUCAUGGCACGAUCAGAUGACGUCAUAAACGUCGCGGGUCACAGAAUUUCUACUAAGGCAUUGGAGGAGGUGAAUGACGUUACGUUUCCAAUUCGUACUAAAGCAUUCGACCUUACGCUCGACUGGUUUCAUUUCAUUUCCUUUUAUUUCGUCAGUUUGUAUUGAAUCAUGUAUAGGAAUUUUCCUGUUCCACUACUUCCAAAAAUAAGAUGCUAAUGCAGCGUAUACUUGGGCUUCUACGUGAUUGGGAACGUUUUAGUCAGUUUAACGAAAAUAACCUAGCAUUUGCGCUAAGAUAAAGCUGGCAUGCGCGGCACUUGGCUCUCGAUACUCGAUUAUUGCCAACGAGCAGUCUCGCGAAGACGCGAGGCUGCGAGGCGGCAACCUAAUAGAGCCGUGCGCGAUUGUUCCAGAGGCAGAAAAAUCUCGAAUUGAUGUAACAUAGAGUAAUGUAAGGCAACCAUGACGUAAUGCAGGGCAGAAAAUGCAUUGUUUUCGAGCAAACACGUGAUACAGAUCAGAGAAUCCACGAGCCGUGUGCGUGUUUGUGAGUCCCGUGCUCAUCCCUUCUUCAACCAGUCGUCGGGUGGAUCAUUUCCAUCCUACGCUAUAUCUGUCGCAUUUGCCCGCUGGAAUUUUUUAUUGCAUGCCGCUAAGAAAAAAAAUAACGCAGCGAAAUUUUUUGUGUCUUUGAAGCAAAAUAUUUCGGAAGGCUUCAUUGGCGCACCAUAAUUUUUUUGUAGCUUUAAAAUGAGACCAAAUAUAAGUCUGUCCGUUGAAUAUUCGCGGACUUUAAUUUGAUUUUUCGAGGAUUUUAAGUCUGCUUAUAAGACCACUAAAUUUUACGCGAAAUGACUUGUGCCGCAACUUUGGACAAAAACACGAACUUCAAUAUCUCGAGAAAUUUGCUGCGUAAAGUCAGGAUUUCAAAUUCUUUUUGCAGCAGAACAGUUUAGUUCACUAUUUUCAAAAGACAGAUUAAAGCAAGGAGCACACAUACAGCAAACCCAUGAUCCGCCUUCCCCGCGCAUGUCGUGCAAAGAAAGGGUCUUUUAUACACCGGUUUUCCGCGGUCAAUGACCGACGGCUAUGCAUGCUGAUGAGCCCCAUUAAGGGCAAAACAGCUGUCCAUGGCUGCCACUGCCCGCGUGAUAUGGCUAUGCGCAUGCGUGAGGUAAUCUCUAGGCCGUGGGUUGGUGUAUGUGUGCCCCUUGCUUUAAUUUACUGGUAACUCGUGAUCCACCUUCCCCGCACAUGUCGUGGUGUAACUGCUGUGCGGUUCCUAGCCAACAGCUCCCACAUAAUUAUGUUGUGUGAAGCUGGCGCUUGAUAGACUGUUCUGCACUCACCUCGGCAGUAAGGGGUUUUUGAGACGCGGGUUUUCCCCGUUCAUUGACCCAACGGAUUUGCCACGCUGGUGGGCCCCAACGAGGGCGAAACAGCUCUCUAUGGCUGCCACUGUCCGCGUGAUAUGGCUAUGCGCGGUACUGUGCGAGGUACUGGCCCGGCCGUGGGUUGGUCUAUGUAUUCCCCUUGCUUUAAGUUUGCACUAUUUUCAAAGCAAUCGAAUUAAGUUCAAUCAAUUUUCCAUCAAUUAUUGUAUUUCAUGACAUUUCUAAACAAAUUCAACAGCGCGCGCGUAUAGGUAAAAUCUUUGCUCGUUGGCACUUAGCGAUAGCUAUAGCUAGUUAUUUAGAUUCAAAGAAAAUGAAAUUCAAAGCACUUCGAACUUAUGAGACGUAGCGAUACUCACUGUUUUCAAAUUUUUUGCUAUUCAAAUGUGUAACGACUGAAACAAAAAAAUCUUUUGGUUGAAAGACCAAAGCGCUACUGGUUGACACUAUAAUAUCAAUAUGUGACGUCAGAAUAAGUAUCGCCACAGCCCAGGUAAUAAUUCUCGCGGCUUCAUCGACCUCCCUAUUAGUUUGAAGUUGCGUCACAUGUAGUAGACGAUAGAGACAACCCUAAGUGAUUUAGCGCAAACUCGUGUCAAGCUAUUCAUUUGCUUUAACACUGUUGUGUCUAUAUUCCAGGGAAUGAUACGCCUUGAUUUCGUGGUUGACGCGGCAUGUGUUGGACUAGAAGACCCCAUCAAGGGUCACGUUCCUGUUGGAUUUAUUGUUAUCGACAAAAGUAAGCUUAGUGCAAAUGUUCUUUUAAGUUAAAUUACCUGCUCAUCGUGGACCUGUCUUAAGUAUUCGCGCUCCCGCGUUUUGUUUCCGUUUUGCGCUCGCUCCCGGCCAGAUCGCCGUUCUUGCCUAUUGUAUUUCUGACCAAUCAGAACCAUGCUUUGCCGAUUCUGAUUAUUCAUUGGUGGUUGUUGGGAGGACGAUGCAAACGGGACUCUUUAAACGACUGGAAAUUAAGCCUGGGCGCUUCUUCGACGUGCAGCGAGAUAUUAAGGAUCUUGAAUUAUUACCUUUAGUAGGCUCGCUAGAACUAUAGCUCCUUUUGGUUAGAUUUUACUUACGAUUGUUGUUUUGUUUUUCAAGUCUAUGACAGUAUCGUCUAAUCUAGUCUGAAAUUAGGCCGCCUGUGACAUUUCAUUUUCUUUGUAUGCUUAACUAAUUUUUCUAAUUCAUUAGUUAUCUUAUUUAAUUAUUUAGACACGACCCCACAAGCGAAGCGUCGCUUUAAAUACUUAUCGUGUAUAAAUAAAGAUUAUUGAUUGAUUGAUUGAUUGAACUCAGAGCGAACCUGACAAAACAAAAAUGGAAAUAAGGAAACUGAUUUAACACAUUUUUGGCAUUUGCCUUCGUUCCUUUAGUAACAUUUCUGAGAUAAAGUCCUGGCUCCGUUUGUUUAAACGAUGGAUAGCGAUAUCCACCUUAUAAGUCACCAUCCAGUGAAUUAGUAUUAAGGAAACUAAUUGCGUUAUGCAGUGGAUAGGGAUUUUCCAGUGGAUAGCGUCAAACACCUGGGACCUUUUGGAUUAGCAACUGCAAGGUCAUUGGACGCUACUAGAUAAGUUCUAAUUAUCUUCAUCAAGUGACCCCCUGUUUCGGGCAGUGUAAACUUUGAUUCGACAUAGCAAAGCAUAGUUUUGAGACGACAUUGUGUAUUUUAAUUCAACAGCCAUUCCUAUAACAAGAAAAGAAGCAAUCGAGCAAGUGAUAAAGAGCGUACGAGAGUUUGUUGGUCCUGUGGCGUUCUUCAAAACUGCCCUUAUUGUACCUUCUCUACCUAAGGUAUAGUAAAAUCUUUCAGUGAAUGUUUAUGCUGUAAAGUGAAUGAACAACAGGAUUUUUCUCAGGUUUAAAAGACCAGGAAUAGUUUAGUGGCUUUAGCGGAGGUCUGCGUCCCGAUGGCGCAGGUUUUCUUACCCAUGCUGCUUUUCGCGUGCAGAUGGCACACCCAAAAGGCACCAUGGGUAAGAAAACCUGAUCUCUCGGCAAAACUUUGGAAUGGCACGUGACCGUCCGUCUGUCCGCAAACGGUUCGGUUCGGUGUCCACAGAUUUUGAGUCCGAAAUGUUACGUGAUUACUCUGUAUCGAAAUGAAUGUUUAUGGCUUAACUGAUGUUAUAAAACUCCUGCGAAACAGAACUCCUUAAAUCUAGUAAAUUUAUAAACAUUUAUGAAUAUGGAAAAAAAAACCAAUCUGAACCGAGCCUCAAAUAAUCUACAAUCCAUCGAGGUCUCGUGUUAUUAAGCUUUUCCAGUCGUUUAAUUACCUCGAGUUCUUCUUAUCGAUAUUAACAUAAAGCCAGACAGAGGUGUAUUGGCUCAGAAGACAACGGAUUCUUUUGAUUCAGUGGUUGUGUAAUUUGAAAAACAAACAAACAGCUCUUGUAAACAAGAAGUAUUUCAAUUGAGUCGUUUGAUGUGGCUACAGUGGUCGUUCAUUUCACACUCAGUAGUCUUCAUUACUUUUCUCAGACCCGCUCGGGUAAAACAGUCCGAGGUGUGCUGACAAAGAUUCUUCACGGGAAACCUUACAGGGUAAGAAAGAUUAAACUUUUUAGUUUGUUUGAUGACGGAGGUUAUGGUAAAAAAGAAUAAUAAUAAUGACAAGCGUCUUUUGCUGGGUUUCACAGACGGCAUAGGUUCGACGAAGAAGUAUCUUGCACCUAAAAUAUGAAGAAAGUUCAGCUUGGGACGUAAUUUAGACCAUUCAAAUAAGCGCUGUUGAGUAGUACUUGCCUGUGGAAUUGUUUACUAUGCCGUACAAGGUGGUUCUAAUAUUUGAGUCUGUGGAUGAAAUCCUAAAGUGCGACCAUUCAAAUGAAACUGAGCUAGUACUUUCCUGUGGUAUUGUUUAUUAUGCUGCACGAGGUGGUUCUAAUAUUUGAGUCUGUGGAUGAAAUCCUAAAGUGUGGCCAUUCAAAUGAAAGCUAUUGAGCAGUGCUUUCUUGUGGUACUGUUUAUUAUGCUGCGUAAGGUGGUUCUUACUUUUGAGUCUGUGGCUGCUAUCCUAAAGUGUGACCAUUCAAAUGAAAGUUACUAAGCAGACUUGCCUUUCAUAUAGUCUAUUAUGCAGUACAGGGGGCUAGAAGUCUCUAUCAUAAAUUCCAGGACUUAAAGUGAUAUGGCUUUUCCCAUUUUCGGUUUGCACUGAAAAGUAACAAAACGCUCUCGGAAUAGGGCGAAGUGCCUCUGAACGAAAAGGUUUUGGGUAUUAAAUAUUUCCCUGACCUUUUUCUAGUCGUUGUUUGCUUACUAAAUAUGAUAUCAGACAAGCAAAUUCGCUUUGAUUCUUAGAUAUACAAAUUCAAUUCAAAAAAAAUUUUCAUUUCCAAUUUUUCGUUUCCCGCUGUAAUCUUAAUUUGGAUUCCGAUGGGAGAUUGCCGAGUGUCCACAAUACAGAAGGGUAUUUGUUAUAGUGUCAGGAAUUAUAAUGACGUUUGAUAUCGCUGGGGCCAAGAGACGUUAGUGUAGAGAUUCAACUGUAUCCGUAGUUCAACCGCCCCCCGCCCUCCUCCCCACGGUGAAAGUACACGGUAAACUUAAGGUUUAUGGGUUCUUCUGCUUUUCUCCUCCCCAGAUCACCCCAACAAUGGAGAAUCCGCACGUACUGGAGGACAUUGAGGAAAUCGUUCGCGAGGAAGGAAUCAUUGAUCGUACACUGCCGCACUAAAUAGAUGACAUGCAGAUACAAUGCAUAAUAGAUAGAAAUAGUUCGCUUUAUAGAUAAAAUAGAGGUACAUAAAAAAAAUCUAUAAUCUGCGACAAUAUAUAAUUUAUGAAACUCUUAGAGGAAUUUUUCUAGAAAACAGCUACCGUGUAAAAAGUUAGUGGUUUUGGUGUUAUUGUAUAAAUACUCCAUUGCGUUCUUGACUUUCAAUAGAACAGGUUCACCAGUCCCCAUCAGUGAUUUGUUACAUAUAGUUAUGGUGAGUCCUGGGACUCAUCUUGUGAAAAAUCACGAGUCCCAGUCCAGAACCAGUGAGUCCCAGUUAAAAAAAAAAACAGUCUGAAAUUGAAAAUGCUUGGGCCAUUAUGUAACUAGACAGUUAAUCUGAAGUACAGACUCCAAAACGCUGUAUCACAGUAUACUAAAAUUAAAAUAUAGUCCUUCUAUUUUAAAGCUCAACAAAAGCUAAAAGAAUUGUGCAUCGUUAAACAACACCCAUAAUAUCUGCCAGAGAAAUUACACGAAGGGGAUAUUUUUACAAAUACACAUGCUCAGAUGGAUCGAUCUUUGCGUCCUACGGGACGCAUGCCAUCUUUGGGGAUUUUCAUGCGUCAGGGACGAAGGACGCAGAGGUAGCAAAUUCACUGCCCUAUACCAUAUCUUAUUCUUCGGAAAACGGAGACCGCUAUACGUCUGGGAAGGAGUGCAAUGCACCCUUCCCUACAUACCACUCGCGCUGCGUUUCAAUACCUGCAAACGAGGCAGGUAUUCAACAAACACGAAGUUAAGGCUGCAGCAGGUUUUUAUGUGAAUAAGUAUUUAGAAAACAAGUCGUUUGUCAUUAUAAAUGUCUUUUUUUCUCUUUAAAUUUUGACGUUGGAAUAAAGCGUCAUUACAAUAAACACCCUUUAAUCUUU